GAGGGACUGUGAGAGUGAAAGUAACUCGCCUUGCAAGACAGGGACUUAGGUCGGUCGGGGCUGUGAGGAAACCAACAAUAGAGACGUUGUAAGGAAGAGGAGGGACUGUGAUAUUAGUGAUAAAUUAUCGUAGUUACAAGCAAGGCGGGGAGGACAGUAUAGCUGUUGGGUGACACGUCUUCUUAUCGGGAGUAAAGCGAAGCACCGCAGCAGCAACAGAGCACGUUGUGAAUUGGGGUCAGAUCCACAUAUUAUAAUUGUGGUCAUGUGACAGUAUAUUAUCGUGGCCUGCAAGACUCGAAUUAACAAGGUCACUGUUCCUAUCCAAAUUGGCGACGAGUCGAACCGGUCCUUACUGCACUAGGCAAGGACCCACACGUGACCUGGUGGGUCAUCCUACACCUCCUACAAGAACCAAAUGUGACCUGGAGGACAUCCUACGUAUCAGAGGAUUAACCCUACAGUAUAUGGUUUAAGGUGACCUAGAAUAACCUCAAGUGACCUCUGACCCAACACAGGAUGACUCAUAACAUCUACACCGCCACUCGCAUUAGAGGUCUGUCAGUGAGGGACAUCCGCUUCCCCACCUCCCUCGAGUCUGACGGUUCGGAUGCUAUUCACCCUGAUCCUGACUACUCCUGCACCUACGUGAUCCUGUACACGGAUACAGACUUCAAGGGACAUGGCAUCUCCUUCACCAUCGGCCGAGGCAAUGAGUUGGUGGUGGAGGCGGUCAAGUCCUUAUCCCACUUGGUGGUGGGGAAGGACCUAAAGGAUAUCUACGAGGAUUUUGCUGGUACCUGGCGGGCCCUCACCUCAGAGUCUCAGCUCAGAUGGGUCGGGCCAGAGAAGGGGGUCAUCCAUCUAGCUGUGGCGGCCAUCGUAAAUGCCCUGUGGGACCUGUGGGCACGUACAGAACACAAGCCUCUCUGGAAGCUACUAGUGGACAUGGAACCAGAGAAACUCGUGUCAACUAUCGAUUUCAGAUAUAUAGGUGAUGUACUGACGAAGGAAGAGGCAGUGACUAUGCUGAAGGAGAUGCAACACGGAAGGGAGGCCAGGGAGGAGAGGAUGUUAACAAGAGGCUACCCUGCUUACACUACUGCUGCAGGCUGGUUGGGUUACUCACAGGAGAAGAUAGAGAGGUUACUGAAGCAGUUCAUGGCUCAGGGGUGGAGGCACUUCAAGAUCAAGGUGGGACAGGACAUAGAGGAUGACAAGAGGAGGUGUAAGAUCGUCAGGGACAUUAUAGGACAGGAUAUGACCUUGAUGGUGGAUGCUAAUCAGAAAUGGGAUGUUGACCAGGCCAUUAGCUGGAUGAAGGAACUGGCGCCUUACAAACCUCUCUGGAUUGAGGAGCCCACGAGCCCUGAUGAUGUCUUGGGUCAUGCUAAGAUCGCCGAGGCCCUGAAACCCCUGGGGAUCGGUGUGGCUAGCGGGGAGAUGUGUCAGAACAGAGUGAUCUUCAAGCAGAUGUUACAAGCAGGAGCACUGAACUACUGCCAGAUCGACGCCUGUAGGGUGGGAGGCGUUAACGAGGUCUUGGCUAUCUAUCUCAUGGCUAAGAAGUUCAACGUACCUGUGUGUCCUCAUGCUGGUGGUGUGGGUCUGUGUGAGAUGGUUCAACACCUUCAGAUAUGGGACUACAUUAGCGUCUCGGGUACAACAAAAGACCGCAUCAUCGAGUAUGUUGACCAUCUUAUCGAGCACUUUAAGACCCCCAGGAAGAUCAACCAUUGUCACUAUUUAGCCCCCAAGGUCCCCGGGUACAGCGUAGAGAUGUGGGAGAAGAGCUUACUGGACUACGAGUUCCCUUACGGCGCCAAGUGGAACGCCCUGUUUGACGAGGGGCGAUACAAGGACCCCCGCAAAGGUCCUCCCCCAUGGGUAGAACAUCGCGUCAAGGGGGACAUUAUUCAUCGCUAGACCUAUCAAUGGGACAUCAACCACCACUACUAGAUA